UUUUCUGCACAUCACUUUGUAAAUUUGCGCUCGUGUCGUCCAGCUUGAAGCGCUGCUCACCUGCCAGACUGCGCGGCUGCCGGCGGCGCAGCAGCUGAUUCUAAUAGGAUAAUCCGACUAAUUGGCUCCUCUGAUAGAGACCCUCAUUGAUUUUUCUCCACCAUUCCCCUCAUCACUGUCAUGCUUUUCUCCGUUUUCUCCUGUCCCGCUGUUUCAAAGUGACCGGCUGCAGGUGUCUCUCUGCUCCGAUUUUGCGCCAGCCAACCCUGACAAUAUGUAAUUUUUGGGAUAGACGGUGCGUUUUUUGGGGGGGAGAAGUGGACUAUUUCGAAUUAGGGACCCUUUUGGUUUUUUUUUUGAAGCGCUACUGCUUUACUCCCUAGAACAUAACCGAUCCUGGUACACCACGAUGGUGGGGGGCGAUCACAUCUAACAGCAGAGAACACGCUAUCAUUCGGAAACUGCUCGUGGGACUGGUAAAACAUGAAAGCUCCCAUUCCUCUUGUGAUCCUGCUUCAUGCCGCCGUGGUCCAUUCCCUGAAAGUGGUGUCGAAGAGAGGCUCAGUGGAAGGCUGCACGGAUUGGUCGGUGGACUACCUGAAAUACAAGGUGCUUCUGGGGGAACCCGUGCGGAUUAAGUGCGCUUUGUUCUACGGAUAUAUCCGGGCCAACUACAGCCAUGCGCAGAGCGCGGGGCUCAGCCUCAUGUGGUACAAGAGCGCCGGGCACGGGGACUUCGAGGAGCCCAUCAGCUUCGACGGCGCCAGGAUGAGCAAGGAGGAGGACGCCAUAUGGUUCCGCCCGGCGGAGCUGGACGACGUGGGGUACUACUCCUGCGUGCUGAGGAACUCCACAUACUGCAUGAAGGUGUCCAUGUCUCUCACAGUGGCGGAGAACGACACAGACCUUUGCUACAACUCCAAAAUGAGGUUCUUUGAAAAGGCCGAACUAAGCAAAAGCAAAGACAUCACAUGCCCAGGCAUUGAGGAUUACCUGCAGCCCGCAGCGGGGCCUGAGAUCGUGUGGUACAAGGAAUGCAAGCCAAAGCAGUGGAGACAAACCAUAGAAAGGAGGAGGGACACUCUGUCCAUCAAGGAAGUACGGGAAGACGACAUUGGGAAUUACACAUGCGAGUUACAGUUUGGGAACUUCGUGGUGUGGAGGACGACCGAGCUGUCCGUCACGGCUCCCCUGACUGACAAGCCGCCAAAAAUCCUUUCCCCUCCGGAGGGCCAAAUGAGCGUCAUCGAGAUGGCAAUAGGAAGUCCUCUCAACCUGACGUGCAGAGCGUUCUUUGGAUACAGCGGAGACGUCAGUCCGCUCAUCUACUGGAUGAAGGGGGAGAAGUUCAUCGAGGAUCUGGACGAGGAGCGGGUUCAGGAGAGUGACAUAAAGACGAUCCGGGAGCACUUAGGGGAGCAGGAGGUGUCCAUCUCCCUGACCAUCGACUCCCUGGAGGAGAAUGACCUGGGCAACUACUCCUGCUACGUGGAGAACGGCAACGGGCGGAGACAGGCUAACAUCCAGCUCGCCAGGAAAGCCGAGCUGAUGUACACGGUGGAGCUGGCCGGAGGUCUGGGAGCCAUCCUGAUGCUGCUCAUCUGCCUGGUGACGCUCUACAAGUGCUACAGAAUUGAGCUCAUGCUCUUCUACCGAAGCCACUUCGGCAGUGAGGAUAUAGACGGAGAUAACAAGGACUACGACGCCUACCUGUCCUACACCAAGGUGGACCCAGACCAGUGGAGCCAGGAGACCCGGGAGGAGGAGCGCUUUGCCCUGGAGAUCCUCCCCGACGUGCUGGAGAAGCAUUAUGGGUAUAAACUCUUCAUUCCAGACAGGGACUUGAUCCCCACAGGAAGUUUCACCAAUGAUCAUUUCCAGGAUGACACAAGACUACUUAGAGCGUACAUCGAGGACGUGGCGCGCUGCGUGGACCAGAGCAAGCGACUCAUCAUCGUCAUGACGCCCAGCUACGUGGUGCGGAGGGGGUGGAGCAUCUUUGAGCUGGAGACGAGGCUGCGCAACAUGCUGGUGACCGGCGAGAUCAAGGUCAUCCUGAUCGAGUGCGCCGAGCUGCGCGGCAUCAUGAACUACCAGGAGGUGGAGGCCCUCAAACACACCAUCAAGAUGCUGACGGUCAUCAAGUGGCGCGGCCCGUCCAGCAACAAGCUCAACUCCAAGUUCUGGAAGCAGCUGCUCUACGAGAUGCCCUUCAAGCGCAUGGAGCCCCUGAGCAUCUCCCACGAGCAGGUGCUGGACGUCAGCGAGCAGGGCCCCUUCGGCGAGCUCCAGACCGUCUCGGCCAUCUCCAUGGCGGCCGCCACCUCCACCGCCAUGGCGACGACGCACCCGGACUUGCGCUCCACCUUCCACAACUCCUGCCACACCCAGAUGCGGCAGAAACACUAUUACCGUAGCUACGAGUACGACCUGCCCCCCGGCGGCACGCUCCCGCCGCUCGCCACGCUCGGCAGCCAGCACACCUACUGCAACAUCCCCAUGACGCUCAUCAACGGACAGCGGCCGCAGUCCAAGUCGCCGCGCCAGCAGAGCCUGGAGGAGGCCCAUGGCAACAACGCCAUGCUGCCGCUGCUGCCCAGGGAGACCAGCAUAUCCAGCGUCAUCUGGUGACAGAGGCGGAGGCGGCGGGCGGCGGAUCAGCACGGCGAGGACCUGCCACCGGCGCUCGGAGCCUGAGCGCGGCGGGGGCCAGGCGGGCCGGAGGGACGUCGGGCUCCUCGCUGCCUGUGGAAUUUUGCACCAGGAAACACCGGGGGGAGGAAGGAGGCGCUGGACUGGUCGUGCGCCGAGGAGGCGGCAGGUUUUUCUUCUUCUUUUGGUCCAAUAAGAGCUUUUAUUGAACAUGAACAAGGAAAAAAAGAACUUUUUUUGUAUGCCUGUAUAAACAUUCACGUAACACAAGCCAACACCUAUGAUCAUUUACGCAGACGGUUCAAGGGAUACAGGGUCCUGUACAUAUUCGUUUUUCUAAUUCUUUGUAGCAUCAGUGUUUGGGACUUCUUACGUUUUAUCAUCAGUCGGGUUCUUCUUUGUUUUGUUUUCAUUUCAGUUUGUACAAAAGUGAAGCGAUGGCCUGUGAGAUGUUUUGGAUAAAACCGUUAUAUCUUUAUCUUAAUUUGUUGGCUGGUGUAGUUUAUAAAGCUUUUGGGAGUCUUUCGUGGAGGGGGGGGGGUUGGUGAAGUUGAAGAUGAGAACUGUUUGGUUUGUAUUUCAGGGAGUUUCAGCUCCACCGGCUGCGUUAAAAGGGUUGAGAGUCUGGACUCACCCAGGAUAUGCAAAACAUGGAGUCCAGAGAGCGGAGACGGGAUGGGUUUCACAAAUCGAUCUUAUCCCAACAAUUUGGGAAACGUCCCGUCGGGGAAGGAGGGUAUGAAGAACAUGGUGCUAGGCUUCACAUCUCUAUGAUAACAUUUACUUUUAGAAAAAAAAGAAAAAAAACAGCCUUGCUAUUUACCUUAACAGAUGAUUAUAUCACCUAAAAUGAAUUAUGUGUAUUAUUUUAUGAAAAAGAAAGGUAUAUUUUUGUAUAUCUGAGGGAUAUUUGCUUAGAGAUGUUAUAACUGAAGUUUCAGAUAGAAGGAAUCGGGGGAAACGUAACAUAAAAUAACAAUGUUUUGUUAUGUGGAACUGCACAGCUCACAGAACUCGAUAGAUCAUUCACUAAAUGUCUUACCCUUAUAUUACAAGAGACAAAAAAAACAGUUUGUUGGCUGUUUUCACCGUUAAAAAGAGGAGUCUUGACAUUUCAAAACAAAACAGGCUUUUUAUGUUCGUUCACAGUCGAGUUAACAAGGACGGAGGAGAGGGACGCCGUCACAUUCACCCCAAGGACCAAACGAGGCCGUCCAGGGCGAAACAAGGAUCCAUGUUACGGGUUUCCUCCUCGAUGGCAGCUGUGUUGUUCGAGUGCCGUUUCAAAAUGAGUGUGAAAACAUCUUAUACUGUGAAUGUGACGUAACAUUUCAGAGGACUUCAUCUUUUAUAUGUUUGAUCUGCUGUCCAAUGAUUAGCCUUUCUGAAGGAAACCGUCCCAAAUAAGAUGUAAUGGAUGUUUAAGAGAGACAAGAUUCUAUUUAUAAAUUUAAAUUAAAUCCUGGAGUAUAUUUAAGCAUACAAGAUAAAUGCUAAAAAGUUAGACCAAAGCAACAUACAGCAAAGUCCCAAUUUCAUCCACAAAAUGCUCUUGGGGAAGCUUCCCUCGUCGUCGAUGUCAUCAAAUCCUACGAAUGAAGAGCGAUACUCGCGCAUCCACUCGGACCCGUGCACUCACUGCUGCUGCAGCCGUGCCGUAUCACUUGUCAAGAAACUAACCCCGUACUAAACUACCCGCAGAAUCUCGUCACGAGGAGCUGUUUCAUUUAGUGCCAGAAAAUAUGCAAAGUGUUGAACCUGUAAACAGUGAAUGAGACGUAGUGUUUUGUCCUCCGAUUCAUUUUCUUGCACUCUUCACUUGGAGAAAUAAGAUACUCCAGAAAAGGGCCUGUUUUGUUUUUCAUGUGCUGUAUGCGGACAAAUUUGCAUUGAAAGGAACUGUCCUUCGUUGGAGGUCUUUUAAUCGAUCAAUAGGUUAUUAGAGCCGGGCCUGUCGUUUUUUUUUAUCCACCUCAAUCAGACCCGCUUUCACUCCAUAUGAAGAGUAAAGUAAUAUGGAUUCCGUUCAAAGGCACCAUGGGUGAACCGGGGAGCUGGUGGUGCUGUGUGACACGGCGUUGUGUAAAUAUAAUCAAGACAAUAACGGGAUUAAGAUGAAGACAAUCGAGCCAUAUUCAUGAAACCGACGGCCGUCCAAGUAGGAAUACUAAUGCUCGCUGGAGGUUAUAAGCCGGCGCUCCUGCUUUGGGAAGACUUGCGCCAACGCAAACAAGAUCGUGGGGGCCGAUACACACAUUUGUGUUUCAUGGGGAAUUGGAACAUUUGUGGCGACGAGGCAUUGACGAUAAAGAUGAUGAUGAUGAAUAACAAUGACAAUAUAUAGCACAGAAUUAUUCCAGGCACUUUCACGACUCUUGAGGCGACGUGUCUCCUGUUUCUGAUUUAUUUUCUAUUCUGUAUCUGCAAUGUUCAUUAAAAGAGAUACUGUUAUUAUUAAUAAAACCACAUUUACGGUAAUGUGA